UUAAAAUACGAACAAAAUAGCAAAAGAGAGAAACUCUUGAAAUAAAAAGUCAUCAUCACCAUCGAUCUCUCUUUCUCUCUGCCCUUCAAUUCUCCGAGACCUCCGAAACCCUAGCCAUGGCGAUUCCGGUCGAAUCAAAGCUAUGCUAGAGCCUUUCGAUUCAUGGACGGAACCGCCUACGUCAUCUCGCCACCGCCUGCUAGGGUUUCCGAUCAUCGUUUCUAGGGCUACGACACAGGGGAUCUCUCGAGCUCGCCGGAAAUGGCGACCAAGGGGAACCUCGAGAGGGUGCAGAGGGGAUUGAGGACAUUGUUCUUCAUGCUGACGAUGGUCGUGUCGCUGCUGACGAUUUCGGCUCCGGUGUUGGUGGCGAUGGGUGACGUCUCGGUGUCGCUGGUGCUCGCGUCCAGAUUCGCGUGCGGGAGAUGCUACGGGUUGAAGGAGCACGUGAUUAGAUAUGGAUUCAGGCGGAGUUUGAUGGAUAUUCCUCUGGUUUCGAUCAUUAGAUCGUUUAUCAUAACUUGUGUUUAUUCUUUAUGUGAUGGGCCUGGACUUUCUCAUGGACCAUAUCUUGGAACAGUGACCGUUAGCUCCAUUGCUUCGAUUGCUAUUCUUGCGGUGAAAGCUUGUUUAUUUACACCUAUUGUAGAUAUCGAAUCUGAAGCUUCACCUGGAUUAGAAAAGCUUCAUUUGAAGAAAUCAUGGGGAAUGUCUGUUCUUUUCCUUUCAUCUGUUGUUUUUGCAUUCGGUCACAUUGUAGUUGCAUACAGGACAAGCUGCAGAGCCAGGAGAAAACUCCUGAUUCAUCGCAUAGAUCCAGAAUCAGUUUUAUGCUACAAGACUGUAUUUUCUGGAUACACAAAGCUUCCGCGUUCUCCUACCCCGUAUUCAGGUAGAAGUGCAAGAAGUGAUAGUGAAACAAAAAGGAAGGCCCCAGUUCAUGAUGAAGAGGAGCUGCCAGUCAGUUUACUUGCUGAUGCUGAUAGCAUGUUUAUUGCUUGCCAAGGCCUAACUGUUCACUACAAGCAAACUUCACCAGAAUCACUGUCCUCUCGUUCUUUAGCCUCUUUACCAUUUCAUGGAUCUAAUCUUACUUGCAGUCCACCAAGCAUUUCUCCUGCAAGACUUGAGGGGUCUUUGAUGCAUCAAUCCAAAACCUUUUAUCAGUAUAAUAGGAGCUUUAGUUGUCAAUUUCAAAAUUCAUCUCUAUAUGCACCACUGCUGCAGGAUUCUUCAGUUUCAUCCUCAUUCUUGUCUGAUGAAAUUCCUGUAUUAAACUUGGAUGAAGUCAAAAGUGAUGGAUGUAUAUUUGAACCUCUUACUGUCAGCACCAAUGUGGUAGAAAAUGCCAAGUUUGCUGUUGUUUUAGUACAUGGGUUUGGUGGAGGUGUUUUUUCAUGGAGGCACGUGAUGGGUGUCUUGGCUCGCCAGGUUGGCUGCCCUGUUGUUGCCUUUGAUCGCCCAGGGUGGGGGUUAACAUCUCGUCUACGCAGGAAGGACUGGGAAGAUAGACAAAUGCCCAACCCAUAUACACUUGAAUCUCAGGUUGAUCUUCUAAUUUCUUUCUGCCUGAGUAUGGGCUUUACUUCUGUGGUUUUUGUUGGCCAUGAUGAUGGAGGCCUUCUUGCUCUCAAGACUGCUGAGAAGUUACGUGCCUCUUCAGAAACCAUUUUGAUAGAGGUCAAGGGGGUUGUACUUCUCAGUGUCAGCUUAUCAAGAGAGGUUAUUCCUGCCUUUGCUCGGAUCCUCCUGCACACUACGCUAGGCAAGAAGCACGUGGUCCGUCCUCUCCUGCGAACGGAGAUUACUCAAGUCAUUAAUCGCCGUGCAUGGUAUAAUUCUACCAAGUUAACAGUGGAAGUCUUGAACCUCUAUAAGGCACCAUUAUGUGUUGAAGGCUGGGAGGAAGCACUUCAUGAGAUAGGCAGAUUGUCAUGUGAAUUGGUUCUCUCACCACAAAAUGCAGCAGCACUAUUAAAAUCAGUUGAGGACGUUCCUAUCUUGGUGAUAGCAGGUGCAGAAGAUGCACUUGUCCCACUAAAAUCAACCCAAGCCAUGGCAUCAAAACUUGUAAAUUCUAGACUAGUUGCAAUAUCUGGUUGUGGCCAUCUUCCACAUGAAGAGUGUCCAAAGGCUCUUCUCGCAGCUCUUCAACCGUUCAUAACCAGAUUGUUGCAGUCACCAGCACCGGAGGCCUCUCAAACACAGUAGCUUGUAUUUUUAUUUUCAUUUCCUUUUUCUUUUUCAAAUUCAUCUUUUUAUAUUAAAAUGUGAGGAUCUGACAUUUAAUAGGAAGCAGUAGAGAUCUAACCUAAGUGUACUUAUCUUCUAGGUGGAAUUGGGAGAUGGAGAGUGUGUUUAGGUUUUGGAGCCAGACCCAAAUCUCAGGGUUCUUAGAGCUCCCAUAUUUUUUGUGUGUUGUUGCUGCUGCUGUUGUUGUUGUUAUCGUGAGUAGUUGUGUGUAAUGUUUGUAGGGAAGUAAUUGUGAUUUCUGUACAGAGGUGAUUGGUAUUCUCAGGAUUCUUGGAGCUUCCAUAUUUUCUGUUGUUCUGUUGGAUUAAUUGUAGCUAAAGUGUACUCUCCAA